CGCGGGUCGCCCUAGGGGAGAGGCGCUCCGCCCGCACCGUCCGCCCCGCAGCCCCGACCUGGGGGAGGCCGCUGCCCCCCGCUGAGCCCCGCCGGAGCCGCUCGCGAGUGGGGCGCCCACGCGGGGCGAAGCCCGGCCCCGCAGCCGCGGGUGGUUGGUUUUUUUUGCUUCUUUUUAAUUUCUUCCGAAGGAUGGAUACGUUUCUUCUCGCGUGGGGAUUUCUAGGGCUGUGCUUGCCCGGCUCCGGAGGCACGGCGGAGACAGCUCAGCCGUGUGGGGGCCGCCUGAACUCCAAGGAUGCCGGGUACAUCACCUCCCCGGGGUACCCCAAUGACUACCCCUCCCACCAGAACUGCGAGUGGGUCAUCUACACCCCUGAAUCCAACCAGAAGAUCAUCCUCAACUUCAACCCCCACUUUGAAAUCGAAAAGCACGACUGCAAGUACGACUACAUCGAGAUCCGAGAUGGGGACAGCGAAGCGGCAGACCUGCUGGGCAAGCACUGUGGGAACAUAGCACCUCCCACCAUCAUCUCUUCUGGCCCCUCUCUCUAUAUCAAGUUCACCUCGGACUACGCACGGCAAGGUGCCGGCUUCUCCCUGCGCUACGAGAUCUACAAGACAGGCUCCGAGGACUGCUCUAGAAACUUCACUGCCUCCAAUGGCACUAUUGAGUCUCCAGGUUUCCCUGACAAGUAUCCACACAACCUGGACUGCAUCUUCACCAUCAUAGCCAAGCCAAAGACAGAAAUCCUCCUCCACUUUCUGCUCUUUGACCUCGAGCAUGACCCGCUGCAGGCGGGGGAAGGAGAUUGCAAAUACGACUGGCUGGACAUCUGGGAUGGCAUCCCUCAGGUUGGCCCCUUGAUAGGCAGGUACUGUGGCACUAAGAUGCCCUCCGACAUCCGCUCAACCACCGGUGUCCUCUCGCUCACCUUCCACACGGACCUGGCGGUGGCUAAAGAUGGUUUCUCUGCUCAGUACUAUUUGAUCCAGCAGGAAGUCCCAGAAAACUUCCAGUGCAACGUGCCACUGGGGAUGGAGUCUGGCAGGAUCUCCAACAUGCAGAUCACUGCCUCCUCCACCUACUCAGACGGGCGAUGGACGCCUCAACAGAGCCGCCUCAACAGCGAUGACAAUGGCUGGACCCCCAACGUCGACAGCAACAAAGAGUACCUCCAGGUGGAUCUCCACUUCCUGACUGUGCUCACAGCCAUUGCCACACAGGGUGCCAUCUCCAGAGAAACCCAGAAUGGCUACUACGUGCGUACCUACAAGCUGGAGGUCAGCACCAAUGGGGAGGACUGGAUGAUGUACCGACAUGGGAAAAACCACAAGACAUUUCAGGCCAACGAGGAUGCCACGGAGGUCGUUCUCAACAAGAUCCACAGCCCGGUGCUCACACGCUUCGUGCGCAUCCGUCCCCAGAGCUGGCACAACGGCAUUGCCCUGAGGCUGGAGCUGUAUGGCUGCCGCAUCACCGAUUCGCCCUGCUCCAACUUGCUGGGAAUGCUUUCCGGCCUCAUCCCUGACUCGCAGAUCUCGGCCUCUUCCAUCCGAGGCUACGACUGGUCUCCCAGCAUGGCCCGCCUGGUGAGCAGCCGCUCAGGCUGGUUUCCCCGCGUCCCACAAGCCCAGCCCGGGGAGGAAUGGCUGCAAGUGGACCUUGGCGUCCCGAAGAAUGUCAAAGGCGUCAUUAUCCAGGGGGCUCGUGGAGGGGACAGCGUGACCACCACCGAGUCCCGUUCUUUCGUGAAGAAGUUUAAGGUGGCCUACAGCAUGAAUGGAAAGGACUGGGACUUCAUCCAGGACCCCAAAACGAUGCAAGCCAAGAUUUUUGAAGGCAACAUCCACUACGACAUCCCUGAAGUCCGGAGGUUUGACCCUGUUCCUGCCCAGUAUGUCCGAGUGCACCCGGAGAGGUGGUCCCCAGCGGGAAUAGGAAUGCGACUGGAGGUGCUGGGCUGCGACUGGACAGAUGUAAAGCCCACCGCAGAGACGCUGGUGCCCACUUUGAAGAGCGAAGAGACCACCACCCCAUACCCAACUGAUGAAGAAGCAACUGAGUGUGGUGAUAGCUGUGGAGAAGAGGAGGAUUUCCAUCUCCCUGUGAACUUCAACUGCAACUUUGAUCUCCCCGAAGACCUCUGUGGUUGGUCACACGACUUAGCAACGGGUUAUAUGUGGUCUUUUCAGCCUACAAGCACCUGGAUUGGCAACUCUGAACCAAGUCCUGAGACCGUACCUGAAAGCAAGAAUUACCUGCGGCUGCAUAGCAGUGGAAGGAGGGAAGGCCAGCGUGCCCGGCUCAUCAGCCCCACCAUCUAUCUGCCCCGGAGCGCUGUCUGCAUGGUUUUCCAAUACCAGGUGUGGGGCAGCAACGGGGUGAUGCUGCGGGUCUGGCGGGAAGCCAGCCAGGAGCACAAGGCGCUGUGGGUCAUCACGGAGGACCAAGGGGAGGAGUGGAGGGAAGGCCGCAUCAUCUUGCCGAGCUACGACAUGGAGUACCGGAUUGUGUUUGAGGGAUUCAUACACAACAGCCACUCGGGAGAGCUCGCCCUCGAUGACAUUCGGCUGGGCACUGACAUCCCGCUGGAGAACUGCAUGGAACCCAUCACAGCUUUCCCAGGUGAGAACUUCUACUUUCCAGUGAACUUCCCAAGAAUGGAGGAUGACUUUCCUAUCUCUGAGCAAGACUUUGAAGACAGUGACGAUACAGAUUACUUUGGACCGGAUAGGAACGACACACUGUUCUCUACUAACUCUCCAGGAACCCCGAAGCUGGACAAAGAAAAAAACUGGCUCUACACCCUGGAUCCCAUCCUGGUGACCAUCAUAGCGAUGAGCUCCCUCGGCGUCCUCCUUGGGGCCAUCUGCGCCGGUCUCCUUCUCUACUGCACGUGCUCAUACGCCGGGCUGUCCUCACGGAGCUCCACCACGCUGGAGAACUACAACUUCGAGCUGUAUGACGGCAUCAAGCACAAGGUGAAGAUGAACCACCAGAAGUGCUGCUCAGAGGCCUGACGGGUGCCCUGGCGAUCGCCCUCAGCGUUGCGCCCAGUGAGGUGGGCUGGCAGGGGGUGACUUUUUUUGCUGUUUUCUAUGGGAACUGAAUGCCAUAACGGGGAACGAGGGGCACGGGAGGAGCGAGGGGAGGUGCUGCUCCUGCCAUCAGGUCCCACUGGUGGGUUGUGCUCCACCAGGACCGAGCGGGCGUUCCUGCAAACCGGACUGUGCCGGGCAAGGGGGGAUCGAGACCCUUGUUUAUUGGUUCAUCUUCAUUUUCUGCUGAUGCGUGUGGCUGGGACGUGUUGAGGGAGACUGGUUUACCUUUUGGAUGUGAGAAACUAAAUGUUGAUCGUUAUUUCCCAUCUCCUUUCUCUGAUGAGUUGCUGAGAAGGCUGAGGGAUUUCUUCAGCCACCCUGUCUUUAGAAAUAACACAAACACACACACACACGGAAACCCUGUCCAUUUUAGACCCUGUCCAGAUACUGCUUUAGUGUAGGGAUUUGUGCACCUGACACCAAGUCCUGGAAGGUGCAGUUUCCAGUCCUGAAAAUGGAAGCAUGUUGUUACCUGCGACUUUCCUUCUGGUAGCGGGGAAAGGUGGGAUGCUGGGUUUAGUGUCAAUGGUAACAACAGCACUUUCUAAAGUCAUUAAGAAAUGAAAUAGAAAGGAAACCCUAUAUGUAGAAGCACCUCUUUGAGAGAAGCUGAAGAGCCUUAAAGUGAUUUGUGAAUAAGAGCCAUUUAUUAAAUCCAGAUCUUGGAUUGCAACAGCUGAGGCCUUCAUCGGGAAGGCCUUUCUUUGAAUCUCCCAUUCCUGAUCCUGCCCUUUUUUUUUUUUAUUAUUUUCUUAUUUUUUUAUUCUAUAAUGAGAAAAUUGCAGCAAACAAAAGACAGAGCCUGUCAGGUUGCUGGUGCCCAGGGGACAGCUUUGGGAAGGGGGUUUACUCGAGCCCCAAGGCCUCUCCGAAGCGCCGGGGAGGGAAAAUGGUCCCGCUCGCCUUUGCAGCGCUCCCCUGCUCCCCGGAGCUGCUGGGAUGGAGCUGGUGCUGCCGACACCGAUGGACCAAACAGCCGCCAGUCGCAUCCCUUCGGAGCAAAGCUGCGCUGCUCCCAAUCAGUAGCAAAAAUCCUGAAGUUUUAUUUAUGAGCUGUGUUUUGGUUUACUUUGAACAAGUGCCUUAGAAGAAGUAUUUUUCCUCCAUCUGAUGAUCAGUGCUGUAUCAAACAAGUGAGGCCUUCAUCCUUCCCCAGCAAAACACUCUUCUUCACCACUCUCUACCAGGUAGAGCCUGGCUGAAGAAGUCUGGUCCUUGUGCUUUCAAGUGGUCUGGCUACAUUGUCUGGCAGCUGAUAUGUCUCCACUUACCACUGUGCCGUGGGAGAGGAGUGUUAGGAAAACAUUUUAGUGGAGAAAAAGAGUUGAAAUGCAGGGCCCCAAAACAAUGCCUUCAUUUCCGAUCAGUACAGAUGAAUCACCAUCAAUUUGCACAUUUCCAGCACAUUGAGUUUGCUUUUCCAGGAGCUCUUUGGAAAUACCUGAUUUAACAUUUCGCCUAGCAAAGAGUUAGGUCUGGGAUGGAUUUCUCUUCCUUAGUAACCGCAGAGCGCCAGAGGUGUGAAGAAGUGCUGUGAAGCUCAGUUUGCACAGCCCCUGCGAACAUCAUCCUGCAGGAGACCAGGUGUUCGGGGAGACGAGCAGCAUCUGGAGGGGAGAUGAGCACGGACAGUGCCACAGCUGCUCUUCCGUGCUGUGGGAAUAGGAACAUUUGUCUAGUGUUUCACGAAGAGCUCUGUCAGACACUAAGUUUUUAGGAACAACAACAACAAAGUCGUCUUCACUGUAAGAAAGAUGUGUUACUGGGGAAGCAGAUACCGGCAGCGGUGUCAUCAAAACAUCCACGGUUCAUACAUGCGCACACAGAGACAUGCCCACACAAAGGCCUUCAUUUUUUUAAUUCACGCUGUGCACCCAACAGAAACAGCAGUAAAUGUAUCUCAGAUUCUCCUUUCGAAUCACCUUCUUUCUUUUGGCGUUUUUCAUGGACAAAUUCCACAGGGAUGUUAUUUUACUGUACAAAAGAGACAGAGGCAGUAAGAGGAAAUGUACCAGACCAUUUCAAAGCUGGAUUGCUGCUGCUUGAUGAUUUUUAUCCCCUUCAAACCACAGGAGAGGGGAAGGAUGAAUGGAAAAGGACCAUACAGUAGAAAAGUCAACUUAGGCAAACAAUAGGUGAAAAUAUAUAAUUUAAAAGGUGACGUUAUGGUGUCUAGUAGGCGUACAGAGAGAAGAGUUCGUAUAUACAUAUAUUCAGAAAUAGUGUGUUUGCACACUCACGUGAAUUCUCUGUAUGUAUCGUGUAUGUGACUUAUUCCGUGGGACUGACUCGUGUUAAUAUAUCUCUUGAUCCGGGGCAGGAGAGUACUGCUGAUCUUGGCACUAUCUUGGCAUGGGCCCGGUGGUGUGGCCACCCUGUGUGUCCCCAUCGCCCGUUCCAGAUGGGCCAGGACUCACAUGCGUGCGCUUGCCGGGCGGGAACAGGCCAAUAAUGCUGCAAAGCCAAUACCUCACUUACCUCUGCUGGGUGCUUUACUGUUCUUCUACAGAAAACUGUGUUUGAUUGUAACUUCAACAGGGAAACAAAACAAAAGAUAAGUUGUCUGUGCAUUCAACUCAUUGCAUCCUCCUCUGCAAAUAGAUUAGGUUUGCUGAUCGCAAUUCCCUCUGUGAAAUUCAGAAAAGAAAGAAAAAGAGACAAUUAAUCGGUGUUAAUGCCUUUGCUGAAAUGGGCUGUUGCCUCCACACCCUUCCCAUGGCGAGGACGUGUUGCUAACAGGCGGGCUGUAAUGCUGGGUGAUUUCAUUUUGUGGGAAGGUGCUGCGGGUGAGCAUGGGAAUUAAAUAAUUAAGAAAUUAUAUGCAGAAAUGGAACUUCUCCAGGAUUUGCAGUUCAAGGUAUUUGACCAUUCACUGGCUGAGCCAGGACUUAUGAACUUAAAGAGCUUUUACUGUGAUUCUUCGGUGUAAAAAAAAAAAAAAAAAGUAAAAAAAAAAAUCAAGCUGUGUUUAUAUGAUUUGUAUAAAAACCUUUUAAAAUUACUAUUUAAUAAACAUUAUGGUAGA